AUGGCACAACUAUCAUCACAGGGUAACAAUGCCAUCAUUUACCUAACUUAUGCAUUCAUGUUAGCCACCGGUUUGUUUCUUGCAUGGAAAUACGCAUCGAAAUCGCUGUUUUUGUCAAGUAAUGGAACUCAACGUGGUACUCCCUUGGCCUUGAAUUUCAUUGCAUCAGGUAUGUGAAACAAAACGCAAAGAGAAAAGUGGCUGAAAACCCCGUCCAAGGUGGAAUGAACGAUAAAUAUUGCUACUAGACGAAAUAAGAAUAUAACAGCUUCGAUCCCGGCAGUUCAAUCACGCGGAAAUAUAUACUAACAACUCUAUCACAAAACUAGCCAUGGGUGUCGGUAUAAUCUCCACAUACUCCCAGAUCGCUAACUUGGCGGGGCUCCACGGUCUAUUGGUCUACACCCUCUGCGGGUCGAUCCCUAUUGUUGGGUUCGCCGUGUUUGGACCCAUGAUCAGAAGAAGAUGCCCCGACGGAUUCAUCUUGACCGAGUGGGUCCGCCACCGAUUCGGCAUCGUCACGGCACUCUACUUAUCGUUCUUCACCUGCUUAACUAUGUUCCUAUUCAUGGUGGGUGAGUUGUCCGCGAUACGUGGCGCCAUUGAGACUCUCACUGGGUUGAAUGCGUUGCCCGCGGUAAUUGUCCAAUGUGUCGUUACUACCAUCUACACCUUCUUCGGUGGCUUUAGGAUCAGUUUCAUCACUGAUAAUUUCCAAGGUGUGUGUGUCUUGCUCUUGUUGAUCAUAUGCGCGUGUGGAAUGGGGUCGUAUAUCGAGAUUGACAAGAGCAAGAUUGGACCGCUGGGCUUGCUCAAGGGAAAUAAAUUGGGGUGGCAGUUGGUGUACAUUUUGUUUGUUGCCAUUUUAACUAACGAUUGCUUCAUGUCUGGAUUCUGGUUGAGGACAUUUGCUAGUAAGACGAAUAAGGAUCUUUGGAUUGGGUGUUCAUUGGCUGCGUUUGUCACUUUUGUCAUCACCACCUUAAUUGGAACCACGGGGUUCUUGGCUGUGUGGUCGGGCGAUUUGACGGUGGGCGAUGAUAAUGGCUACAAUGCCUUUUUCAUUCUUUUGGAGAAAAUGCCGAGAUGGCUAGUUGCGUUUGUUUUGAUCUUUUGCAUUGUCUUGUCUACAUGCACCUACGAUUCGUUGCAAUCGGCAAUGACAUCCACCAUUUCAAACGACGUGUUUAGAAACAAGUUGCAUAUCAACUGGACUAGAGGGUUGGUGAUUUUGAUCUGUGUUCCCAUCGUGGUGUUGGCAGUUAAAGUCGCCAACGAUAUCUUGCAAAUCUACUUGAUUGCAGACUUGGUCAGUGCCGCCGUCAUCCCCGCCGUGUUUCUCGGCUUGAGCAACACCUACUUUUGGUAUUUGAGAGGCUUCGACGUGAUGUGCGGCGGGUUUGGCGCGUUGCUUGGCGUGUUUGUCUUUGGAACCGUCUAUUACCACUCAGCAAGAGAAGGUGGCAAACUCCUUUUAAUCUGGAACGGAAUCUACGACUCGUCAGAUUGGGGUGCUUUUGGUGCCUUUGUCAUUGCGCCUGUUGGCGGCGUGGUGUUUACCCUAAUUGCAUGCGGAGUCAGAAUUGCUGCUCAAUACUUGUAUUGCAAAGCCACAGGCGCAACAUUUACUGCUUUCGAUAAGCCGGAAAAAGUCAUUUACGUAGAAGACCGAAGCUCGCCCGUCAAGACAAGCGAUGAUGACGAGGACGCUGUGAAAGUUAAUACCGAACGGUUAUCCUAUGAUUACCCUCCACAGGACCCAGACCGAAAAGCAGUAUAG